AUGGAAAGCAUUCAGAUGGAGGAGGAUAGGCUUGGAAUGACUAUUAGUGGUGAUGUCGCAGAACUGAUAAAAGAUGAAAAAGGAGUUAUUGGAGUGACAAUUGGUGGUGGUGCACCAUAUUGCCCAUGUCUCUAUAUUGUACAAGUUUUUGAUGAUUCACCUGCUGCAAGCGAUGGGCGAUUAAAGGCUGGCGAUGAAAUUUUUAGCAUAAAUGGUGUGCCUGUUAAAGGUGAGAAGAAAACCAGCGUUGCGGCAAUGAUUCAAAAAGCUGAAGGUCCAAUAAAAAUUGGAUUCAAUGUGUUACACACUGAUCCUAAACAAGGACAUACACUUGAUAUUGCAUUGAAAAAAAUGAAACACAGAGUAGUCGAAUCAAUGACUUCAGAGGCCGCAGAUACCCUCGGUCUUUCGAGAGCGAUUCUUUGUAACGAUUUGCUAGUAAAGAAACUCAACAAAUUGGAGCAUAGUUGUAGCGUUUAUAAAAAACUCAUCGGACAUCUCGGUACAUUGCUCGCUUCACAAUACCGUUUUGCGCAUACACAAAAAGGAUUCGGUGAUAUAUUUUGUGAAAUUGCUAGCCAUGAAAGUUCGUCGAAUGCAAAUGUUGCAUUCAAUACGUUCGGUGAAGUGCAUCGAUUUAUUGAAAAACAAACGCUCAACUUGCAUCUUAUUGUAAAGGACUUGAACACAUUUGUCGACAAAGCGAUACCGGACACGAAGUUGACGCUUAAGAAAUAUUUGGACGUAAAAUUUGAAUACCUAUCAUUCUGUUUAAAGUUGAAAGAAAUGGACGAUGAGGAGAUACAAUUUGCCAAUAUAGAAGAACCCCUAUAUCGAGUUGAAACGGGAAAUUAUGAAUAUCGUUUGAUGUUACGUUGUCGACAAGAUAGUAGAGAUAAAUUUCUGAAAUUAAGAAAAGAUGUUAUGGUCAAACUCGAACUGCUCGAUCAAAAACAUGUACAAGAUAUUGCUAUGCAACUUUCGAUUUUCAUAAAAGCAGUAAUAUAUGCACACAGUGAAUGCAAGAUAAUUGUCGAGAAAGCUAACGGACUAUUCCCUAUCGAAAUUGAUCUAUCGCAGGUAUUUUUCAGAUUCACGUAUUGUAAAUUAUGGUCAACGUGA